GCACGCGUGCAGGACUUGGCCAGCACAAGCGGCACGCGCAUCCUACUGAGUUGAAUGCCGAAAGACUACAGGUGCUGCCAGGAAGGAGUACCUUAUGGUCUAAGCAGGAGGACGAAGCGCUUUUGCGCCUUGCCACGGAGCUUGCUCCAUCCUGCAGGAUACGCAGAGCGCUGUAUGCUCGCCUCGGUGGGCAUUUCAGCAAUCGCUCUGAGGAAGCGAUCCGAAAGAGGCUCCAGCUACUGCGCUGGUCUCCAGAUGGUGCCCUGGGGGCACGUUUACUUCGGGAAGGGGAGCAAUCUCCAACCCAGGCUAUACUGUCUGAAAGCAUCGUGGACGACGAGAGGGAAUCGGCGUUAUGGGUUGGUGCUAUGCAAUCCGCAAUCGUGGACUCUCUAGCAUCAGUAGAAGACGAGGAGCUUAACACCGCCCGGCUCUGCCAGUUGGUGCGAGAUUGGAGAGAGGGUUUGCUCGAUCUCCGCUCGGUGCAACUUGUCUUUGAACAGCUAACCGCAGAGACCUUCCCACACGUUUGGCGCCCCUCGACGUUCAAAUAUAGAGCAGGAGCCGCUGUCAAGACGAAGCGGCAGAUUCGGAGAGCCCAGUUUGCCCAGGUGCAGAAACUCUACGCCACUCGGCGGAAAGACUGUGCCGACACCGUGUUGUCUGGCGAUUGGAGGGCUGCUCAUGAGUCCAGUCUAAGACGCCCAACUAGUCUUGGAGAAUUCUGGUCUCAGGUCUUUGACCAACCAAGCAUGCCUGACCCCCGUCCAGUUGAGGCGGGUCCGCCGAAAUGGUCGGUACUAGUCCCAAUCGCUGCUCACGAGGUUACUGAAGCUCUGAAGCAGAUGGGGCAAACUGCCCCGGGUCUUGAUCGUGUGACGACAGCAGAUUUGCUGAGGAAGAAUCAGGAGGGGCUUGCCCAAUUCCUGAACACG